AUGAUCUGUACUGAGUGUUCGCACUGCAAAGCUCUGCAUUUCGUCCAAGAACGCCUCUUGAGCAGUUCUGCGGCAGGGCCGAUGUUUUCCACUUGCUGCGAGAAGGGAAAGCUGUCAUUGCCCCUUCUCACCGACCCGCCAGCUCUUCUGCGCUCUCUUCUCAUCGAUGAUACUCAAAGGUCCCGCCGCUUCCGUAAGAACAUUCGAGCAUACAAUGCAGCGCUGUCUAUGGCAUCCGUGGUCGCCAAAUGGGUGAAUAGAGGGCCCGGUUCUUCCAAUUUUAACCCAACAAUGACGAUGCAGGGCGAGAUGUACCAUUACAUGGGUCCCAUGAUGCCAUCCGAGGGGCGGGUGCCUUCCUACGCUUCCGUUUACAUUCACGACACUGCCUACGCCACCCAGAUGCGUACAAGGCUUGGAAACUCUACACGACUGGAAGAGGCAUUGAUGACGCAACUAACGCACAUGCUGCACGAAUGCAACCCCUACGUGCAGACAUUUCUGUGUAUGCGAGAAUGGGCUCAAUCUCCUCACAACAACACUCCAGUCGCGUACCAGAUGGUCAACCAUGCCGACCGCAGGCCAAGUCAUGAGCACGUGCGCCGGUACAAUGAUGCAUUGAGUUACGUGCUUUUGUUCCCGAACGGUAGAGAUGGAUGGUAUCUAGAGCUUCGAUUCUCCAGUGAGGACGACGGCAGACGUACCAAGAUUACUCCGAUGAUGUUCUACGGAUGGCAUUUGUUCGAAAGGGCAGGUGAGUUCAUCAUGAUCUUACACGCAGCGCGACUCUUUCAGCAAUAUUUAGUUGACCAGUUCUGCAAAGUGGAGGCGGAAAGGCUUUCGAAUCUCCGCCAAAACCAGACAAAGCUUCGAGGGGCGGACUACAUCUCACUUCGCGACAGCCUAGGAGACUCCGGUCGUGCUGAAGAUGAAGCCGACGCUGUACGUGCAGGACGAUUGUUCAUUCUCCCUUCUACGCACAUCGGAUGUGACAGCUACAUGAGGCAGCAGAUGCACGGCAUCAUUGCUAUAUCUAACCAAAUUGGCCACCCGGACAUCUUCCUCACCAUGACAUGCAAUCCUAGCUGGCCGGAAAUCACAAGAGCCCUGCUGCCCAAUCAAACUCCUCAGGACAGACUGGAUCUGUGCGCACGUGUGUUUCUCAUCAAAUUUCAAAAACGAGGUCUUCCCCACGCUCAUGUGGUAUUCUUCCUAGAUGAGGUCUCCAAGAAUGAUCUGCGUAAUCCCGAAAACGUCGACCGCAUUAUCUCUGCCGAGAUCCCGUCUGCCCAAGAUCCAGAACUCCAAGAGGUCGUGCUUAAGCAUAUGAUUCACAAUCCGUGUGGAGAACGCAAUCUAACAGCCCGUCCCUCCCGUAUUGGCCGACGACAGCAAUCUGUCGUGGUCGACAACUCCUGGUUCGUGCCCCACAGUCCUCUACUUCUAAGAUCGUUCGCUUUCCAUUUGAAUGUGGAACUCUGCGUGUCACGCGUUGGCGGAAUCAAGUACCUCUUCAAGUAUGUGUGCAAGGGACAAGACCGAGUGACCAUGGAAAUCACUGCCAAAAACGAGUGCUACGACGAGAUCUCGAACUUCCAAGAUGCCAGAUACGUACUUUCAGUGCAUCUGCCCAACCACCAUAUGUGGUUUAAAGCCAACGAAAAUUACCCAAGCGCGAGGCAUAUUCGGUACCACAAGUUUCCAAAGUACUUUACGUGGAAGAAAAGCAGCAAGUCAUGGAGUUUCAGUGGCACGGGCGCCAACGUAGUCGGUCGAAUCUAUACUGUCAGUCCGAGGGAGAAUGAGCGCUACUUUCUUCGCCUCCUCCUCACACAAGUGCCGGGGGCAACAUCCUUCGAGAACUUGCGAAACAUCGACGGCGAGCAGUGCACCAGCUUCCGACAAGCGUGCUUACGACUUGGUUUGCUGGCCAACGAUGCCGAGUGGAAGCACGCCAUCCGAAAUUCAUUCCGGUCAAGCUUCGUUCCCCUUUCUCAUCUAUUCGCUACGAUUCUCGCACAUUGCCAACCUUCGGAUCCUUUCUCGCUGUGGAACGAUCACCUGCACAUUUUUCUCACCGAUAUUCGCAAUCGCGCACGCGGACAACCCAUUCGAAGACAGCAGCUUCGCGAUGAUCAACCACGCUACAUCUUACUUGCUUGGAGAGCGCAGCAGUGCGAAGAGCGACUACAGACAUCGUUGCUGCUGUUAAACACAAAUCAGCGCCAUGCUUUUGACGAAAUAGUAGGCUCCAUGCUUCCAGGCGUAUCCGUCUCGGCAUUGCUUCAAGGAUCCUCCAGCGCCGUUGCGGGACCUUCUAUGCCAACACAAAGUAACUUCCUUCGUUCGCGCCCCAAGCAAGUCAUCGCCGUCGCCACAUCUGCUGUUGCUGCAGUGUUGCUCAAAGGUGGACGCACCGCUCAUUCCGUGUUCAAGAUUCCCAUUCCUAUCUUCAUGUGCUAUCGAAACUGCAUUGAGACUGUCGAUCGCUCCCUUCGCGACUUGAUGCAAACCGACCGGCCCUUCGGAGGAAAGUUCCUCCUGCUCGCUGGAGACUUUAGACAAAUCCUUCCCGUCGUUCCGGGCGGGUCCAGAGGUCAAAUCGUGAGCGCGUGCGUCAAAUCUUCCCCGCUGUAUCGAGAGUGCCGAUUCCUGUGCCUUACCGAGAACAUGCGCCUCACUGCUCUCCAAGGGGACACCGCAGCAGAUGUGGAGGCUCUCAACUUCCCACAGUUCCUCCUCAGCGUCGGGGAAGGCAGACUUCAAUGCGAUCAGCGCCCGGAAUGGAUCUCACUACCACAGUCCGUAGCGUUCGAGCACACCAUCCGCAAUUUAUGCCUCAAGGUAUUCCACGGCAUUCGAGACAAUCACGCCGACCCUACAUGGCUCACAAAGCGCGUUAUACUCACCACAAAGAACAGACCGCUCGAGCAGGUCAACGAAGUCAUCGGCAACAUGAUGCCGGGACCGUAUCGAACAUAUUUAAGCGCAGACAAGGUCGAGAGCGAAGACACUAACGCGCUGAUCUAUCCCACGGAAAUGUUCAACACCUUGACGGCCGGGUCUGAUCUACCAGACCACAAGCUCAAGCUCAAGAAAGGUUUCAUCGUCAUGCUUCUGCGCAAUCUCGAUCCCACUUCCGGUCACGUCAACGGCGCUCGAUAUGUCAUCGAGAAAAUGACCAACAACCUAUUCUUUCUACGCGUUACCUCGGGGUCACAUGAAGGCAACAGACUCUGCAUUCCACGAAUGCCCUGCGGAGCAGGUGACGACAACUUUCCCAUUCCUGGCUUUACUCGAACGCAGUUCCCCAUUCGCACGUGCUUCGCCCUUACAACGAACAAAGCCCAAGGCCAGUCCUUCGGAGGCCGCAUUGGUCUCGACCUACGAGAUCAUUGA